GGCAUUCAUAGGUUCUGAUCAUUUAGUGCCUAAAAGAUAUGUGUUGACGAAAACUGCAUAUAAUUAAGCGUCGUAACGCUUAAUUAUUCGAGAAUGGAGAAACUCUGUCCAGUGUGUGAAAAGAAUGGUAUUAGGAAAAAGAUCAAGGCAUUUCAGAUUAAUCUGGAAGAAGCAGUGUGGUCCUGUGAGGCGGAAGAAUGCAGCUGGCCGAUUGGUUACGAGGAAUUGACAUUCUUCCCUAGAGCAGCUUCCUUCUACAACUGGGAAGAACCAAGUUUUGCUAAAGAGGACAUUCCUGUACCAAUGGAAUUUACGCUUUAUACACCACCUGUAACUCCCGGAAGCGAACUUACCAAAGAAUUGACCGAGAUAACAAGUGCUGAAUAUUCAUCAUGUCCUACAAUGGAAGAUAAAAUUGAAACAGUGCCUGAAUGUGAAUUCAUUACCUCAACAAAGGAAUCUACUGAUUUUAAUAAAUCAUCACUAUUUGAACCAUUUGAAUUAGCAGAUGUUAACUCUAAAGAAAGCAAAAAUAUGAGUAAACAGAUUGUAGAUGUUAGGACACUGCCCAAGAUCGUUAACAUCAAAAAGACUAAUAUUAAUCUUAAGAUUUUUUCUAAUAUUGAUAACAAUUGUGAUAAUAGAAAACUGCAGGAACGUAAUUAUUCGUUCAUGAAUACAAAUGUAGUGGAUACUUUCAAGAAUCUCGAUAUAUCUAAUAAGUGUACAGAGUUUGGUUUAAGUCAGCAGUACAAUACCACAAACGAACAGAAUGAAAAUAAAUUGCAAUUGGAGGCAACAGUGAAUGAGGUAAAAACAGAUAUUGGCACAGAGACAUUAUCAAAAGCUAAGAACACGUUAAUCGACCUAGAUACUACAAUUAAUUUAGAUACAACAAAUCAGUCUACAGAAAGUAUUUCGAACAACGAUAUAGACACACUAUUGGAAGAUAUUCUUAACAAUGAAAACAAUUUACCUAUAGCUUUAAAUGAUGAUUGGUUAAAUAUGUUGGUGAGCUGA